UAGAUGGUACAUAAAAAAAAUGUUUGUUGCUUUUUUGCAUUAUAUGAAACACCCAAAUAAAUUUGAAUAGUUGUGGAUUAAAUAAUGUGAAAAAAAAAUCUAAGAGAUGAGUGUAUUCGGUGAUUUUCAGCAGGUUUGGCUGCAGAGAUUUCCUGAGAGCCCCUUGCCUGGUGCUUGGGAGGAGGAUGUUAGAGCUAACUUGGCUAAACAUAAACAGAAAGUGGCGUUGCUGAAAGAAGAGUUAGAAAAAGAAGAAUUUUAUGUGGAAUACCUAGAGAGAUUGUUAUGUGAUGUGGAGCAACAUAAGAAAAAAUUAGCAAAAGAAAAAUGUGAAGAAAUUGAUGAAGCUGGUGAUAGGGAUAGUAAUGAUACAACAAGCAUUCCAUUGAACUCAGAAGAAACUGAAAGUUUCUCAGCAAACAUGUGCGUUAGUGAAAUUUCAAAACAAUUAAUGAAAUCUUCUUGUGACGCUGAAAAAAUUGAACCUUCUGCCCCGGAUCCCGAUCCUACAUUCGUCACUGUCAUUGAAGUUAACGGACUCAAGCAAGGGAAUUCUCCAACUGUUAAAACUCCUCCAAAAUUACCUACUAGACCUGAUUCACUUAAAAACAAGACUAGAAGAAGUAACAGUGAUUCGGUUUCAUCUUCUUCUGAAUUUCUUGCGACAGUCGAUGAACCUUACUAUGAUAUGGUUGCGCCUGAGGAGGAGUACAAUUUGGUUAAAAGUAAUCAUUCCAGCAUAGAAAAUGUAUUUAGUUCUUCCAGCACAUUACCUUUAGAUGCUAAAAGGGUCUCGACACCAAUUUUACAGGAACCACAGUCACCGGGAACCUCCAAUUACGUCAAUAUUGAGUACUUCAUUCAGUCUACCAAGAAAAAUGGCAACAGUCACAGUAGUAGUGAGGACGAACAUGAAGAAAUUGCGGAACUGGUUAGGCACAAUGACAAUAGUUCGUAUGCGAGCUCCAGUUCCUUGGAAUCAAUGACGCCUGCUUCGAGAAGAAAGUUUAGUCAGGAUGGUGAUAUAAAAGGGGAUCCGGACAGAAUGUAUAAAAGUAUACUCUGUAACAUAAUCGACAGUGAAAGCAACUACGUGGACUGGCUGAGUGUGUUAUUAAAGUAUAUGAAGGCGAUACAAGCGACUAUAGGUACAUCACAGCCCAUCGUCAGUGAAGCGGAACUAAACACAAUUUUUUAUAAAAUACCCGAAUUAUACAAUUUACACGCCAACUUCUUAGAGGCAUUAAAGAGGCAUUCUCAGAAAUGGGAUAACAAAAUCGGGGAGAGCUUUAAAAUAAUGGCGUCCAACUUAUCACUAUACGGAGCUUUUUUAAGCAAUUAUGGUCAAGCGUUAGAUACGGUGCACAAGUGUAGCGCGGCUAAUUCCCAGUUUAAUCACAUAACCAAGAAUAUUACAUGCAAACAGCUUUCGGGUCAGCCAACUAGCCUAGAGGAUCUCUUGCACAAGCCCGUCGCGAGGGUGCAGAAAAACGCACUAGUUCUACACGAUCUUCUCAAGUGUGUUCCUCAGUCACAUCCUGAUCACCAUAGUUUAACGGAAGCUCUGAAUUUGACGCAGAAUUUCCUCGAUCAGUUUAAUAUGAUACAAACGAAAUCGCUAUUUCCGGCCAGCGACAGAGCGCAACGAAGGUUAGUAAAGAACUCGUUUAUCGUGGAGUAUGUGGAUGGUCACAGAAAGUUAAGACACUUGUUUCUGUUCAAUGACGUAAUAGCCUGUGCGAAAUACAAGUCAUCGGGGCGAAAUGAAAAGUAUACGUUUGAACUAAAAUGGUUCAUUCCUGUUGAAGACAUAUUAAUUUUGGAAGAAACAACUGCUAAUCUUCACGAAGUCGCUCCAUUGAACAUUGUCGCUUUAAAAUCUCAAGCUUCUAACGUACGAGACCAGUUGAGGCAGGACGAAAAAGCGCAUGAAGAUAAGAACCGAUCAAAGUUGUCUAGAGGCUCUGACAAAUAUAGAAAAAGACUGAUAGAACUAGAGAGUCAAUUAGUACUUGUAUCGCCGAAUUUAGUUUAUAGAAUAAAGAACAAAGCCACAGGUAGGACGUAUAUGUUCUUCCUAUCGUCCGACUUUGAGAGAACUCAGUGGAUCGAGGCAAUUCUGACCUUGCAAAAAACCGAAAGGACUGGCAAAUUGCCAACACCUCCAUUUAACAUGCUGGAAUUGCAGACGUGGAUAACCGCCUGCAGGCAAUUUUUGAAGACUAAUAUGGGUUCUUACCUUUUACGGAGCGGCAAUGAUGAAAGUUUACUUGUGGGAGAUCUACAUGUGCACAUAUUUGAUUUAUGUGGUUUGGAGUUCCCUUGUGAUCUAUUUGUGUGCAUUGAAGUGGACUUUUAUGGUCAUUUCUUCCAAAAAGCCAAGACAAAAAUAAUUUGUAAUUCGAGCAAUCCGCAGUGGAACGAAAAUUUCGUUAUCGAUUUAGAAGGGUGCGAAAAUCUCCGGGUGUUAGUGUACAGGGAUAACGCAACGUCGGCUACAUUAUUCGGAAAGCAUACUCAGAAAUUAAGCAGGAAGUGGCUAAGUCAACAAAUGGUAGAGAAGAACCUCUCGAUCAAUGGUUGUACAUUGAGGAUGGGUUUAAAAUACAUUCCAUGUGAAGUUAGCUUACGUAGAGUGCCUACAGGAAAAAUAGGUGCCUUAUUCGGUGAAAAAAUACAAGCCGUCUGCAAACGGCAGAAGAGAAAUGUACCGUUUAUUGUGACGGCAUGUAUUCGUGAAGUAGAAAGGAGGGGAAUGUCUGAAGUGGGCAUAUACCGUGUCUCUGGUUCCGCCCUUGAUAUCUCUAAGCUUAAAAAGUCCUUUGAAACAAAUUCUUAUGAAGCUGAACAGUUACUGAAAGAAGUAGAUAUACAUUCUGUUACGGGUAUUCUAAAAUUAUACUUAAGAGAACUACCAGAAGCCUUAUUUACGGACCAGCUGUACCCAGAAUUGUUGGAGGCGUUUAAUCAGAGUAAUGGAAAUUUGAUUCGUCGAACCGAGUUACUUAAAUGUUGUUUCGCCAAGCUUCCGCAGCAGAACAGUGAAACGAUCAAGUGCAUACUGGAUCACUUAAUAAAGGUUUACAAACACGAGAGUGAAAAUAAAAUGUCCCUGCACAAUUUGGCCACAGUGUUUGGGCCGACCUUACUUCGUCCUGGGACAAAAGCGGACAGCGGGAAGCAGAAAGAUAGUUUAGCGACGGGGACCGUCGACGUAAUGGCGCAAGCCGGUAUAUUAUAUUGUUAUUUACAAGAUCUUCUAAAUUCCUCGCUAAGCAUAUUCAGAUGAAGCAAAUAUUUAGCGGUAUAAAAAUAAGUAAGCCAAAUCUAUUUUAUAUAUAAUUUGUAUACAAAUGUGUGACUGUAAUUAUAAUUUUAUUUUAUAUGUAUAAUAUAUAACCUAGAACAAAGUUCAAACCAUAAAUGCAAAAUUUCUUUUGCAAAAAGUUAUUCGUAUGUUAUACUCUAGUAUUAGGAAUUAUUCGCAUAUUGUUUUAUUAUACGAUACAGCGUUUUGUAAGGUUUGCAAUUUGGUUUUUUAAUAACAAUGAUUUGUUUUCUAGUCAUUUGAAAAUUUUGAUUGAACGAUUCACAUUUUCAAAAUUGUUUACGUUUAACGGUAACCUUUGAAGAAAUAUCUGAUUUGUAUGUACCAUAAAAAAGGCGACAGCUACAAGGGAACUUCAGGCAGGGCUAACGGUUUUGCUGUUGGCACUGUACGAUUCAUGAUAUGAUGAGCGAAUAGUUUGUCACUAGGUUCGAAUAUGUGUUAGGGUGGAAAAAUUAUUAUUUGUUGAAUAUCCCCAAGAAAACUCUUCUCGGAAGGUUUUAAAAAUUUUAUGUAAGGUGUUGGUCUGGGAUCUCAAUGACUUUUUUCAGGAAUUUUUUUUUUCAGUAAAAUUUAUUUUUAAAUCAGUCUUUUUACACAUAAAUUACAAAUUUGUUCUUGUU